AUGUCCCAGCCUGAGGAGGCCUCCAGGGCUGGGGAGCGGCUAGAACGAGCCCACGUCCCAGGGAGUCCCCAGACCCUUGGAAACCUUCCAGGCUCUGGGCAGUUUUGCUACGAAGACCUUCACCCCAUGGGUUACUUCCCUGGAGAUGUAGAGAUUGGCUUGUUUAUACCCCUCUGUUCACCUGAAGUGAGCAACACAACAGGAGCAGCACGGUUUCGGAGUUUUCCUAAAAAGGCUUGUAGGGCUUUUGGAUGUAAUGACAAGAAUUACCAGCAAUACCUCAUGCCUAACUUCACUCUACGUGAGAUUAACAGGAAUCCCAAUCUGUUGCCCAACAUUUCCCUGGGAUGCCUUAUAUACACCUGCUAUUCCGGUGAAGAAAGGACCUUGGAGAGCUACCUGUGGUGGCUGUCUGGAACAGACCAGAUCAUCCCUAAUUACAACUGCAGAGAGCGAGGAAAGGUUGUGGCUGUCAUUGGAGGAGCCACGUCAGCUCUCUCUAUUGAAAUGGGGACCCUGCUUGACCUCUACCAUGUACCCCAGCUGCACUCCUACCUGAAGAACACCCAGUUUGAGAACGUUGUUGGUGAGCAGGUGUUUGUGGAUGAGAACAGACGCACAGAAGCUCACUAUGCCAUUAUGAACUAUAUAUACUUCAAUUUUUACAAUGAUCAUCUUCUGUAUGUGGGGGACUUUAUCCCAGAAGCUCAGCUCAGUCAAGAGUUUACAAUUUGUGCAGAUGUCAUCGUGUGGGACCCGUGGAGUUCAGAGAUUCCCUCUGCCAUAUGUAGUCCCAGUUGUCCUGCUGGAUUCAGGAAGUUGCCUUUGGAGGGGAAGCCUCCUUGUUGCUUCAGCUGCUCCCCAUGCUCAGAAGGAGAAAUCUCCAGCCAUAUGGAUGCUGAGCAGUGUAAGAAGUGCCCAGAGGAUGAGUAUCCCAAUGAGCAGAGAGAUCGCUGCCUCCCCAAGUCUGUGACCUUCCUGGAUGUGAAUGAACCCUGGGGGACGGCAGUGACAGUUGUAGCUGUUUCACUCUCAUUGCUCACGGCCCUGGUUCUGUGGGUCUUUGUGAAGUUCCAAGACACUCCCUUAGUCCAAGCCAAUAACAGGAACCUCAGCUACCUGCUCCUCACCUCCCUUUCCUUCUGCUUCCUUUGCUCCUUGCUCUUCCUGGGCCGUCCCACAACUGCUUCCUGCCUUCUCCGACAAACAGUAUUUGCAGUUGUGUUCACAGUGGCUAUUUCCUCCAUUCUGGCCAAAACCAUCAUAGUAGUUCUGGCUUUCAGGGUGACAGGGCCAGGGAGCAGGAUGCGGAUGUUCCUUCAUCCCAGAGUGCCCUACUGUGUGGUUCUCAUCUGCUCCGGAGUCCAAGGGCUUUCCUGUGCCAUCUGGUUGGGGACCCAUCCCCCCUUUCCAGAAGCAGACACACGCUCUGAAUCCAGGCGCAUCAUCCUCACAUGUAACGAGGGCUCCGCCUUUGCAUUUUACUGUGUCCUGGGCUACAUGGGCUUUCUGGCCCUGGGCAGCUUCACCAUAGCCUUCCUGGCCAGGAACCUACCCGAUGCCUUCAACGAAACCAAGUACAUCACAUUCAGCAUGUUGGUGUUUUGCAGCGUCUGGGUCUCUUUCCUCCCCACGUAUCAGAGCUCCAAAGGGAAAGCCGUGAUGAUCGUGGAGAUCUUCUCCAUCUUGGCCUCCAGCACCGGGUUACUGGGCUGCAUUUUUAUUCCCAAAUGUUUUGUGAUUCUUCUGACAUCAUGGGAAAAUAACACAAAACAGACCAAGAAUCAAAGGAGUUCCAGGAGCAAGAAUUCUAUUUUUUUUUUAAAUUUGAUAUCUUUGUUUUCCCCUGUUCCAUAUGAAACAACAUUUUUAACUUUUUUUUUAAUGCUUUGACUUCCGCAUUCUCUCCCUUCUUUUCCAACCCCAGAACCAUUGAGAUAUCACAUGUGCAGUUACACAAAAUAUUUAUACAAAUGUCUUGUUGAGAAAUACAUGUGUAUCAUUCCUUGGAUUAAUAAAAAGAAUCCUUCAAAUAAUAUUUUUACAAACUGUGUGACAUCAACAGUUUCAUCAUAAGACCUUCAGAAUAGUUUGGAUCACUGUGUUGUUGCAAAAGCAAAGUUACUUGCAGGUGACCACUCCACUCUAUUGCUUGACUUUGUGCACAUUACAUUUCAGUUUGCUCAUGUUCAUGUCUAUCCUUCCAGAUUUUUCUGGUCAUCAUAGUUACAGAAUCAUCAAAGUAUUCCAUCCCAAUUACAUACCACACUUUCUUCAGCGAUUCCGCAUUUGAUGGGAAUUCCCUCAAUUUCUAAUUCUUUCCCCAAGAACAGAGGUCACAUCAAUAUUUUUGUAUGGAUAUUUCCCUUUCCUUUUUUUCUUAAUCCCUUUUGGUUUUCAAACCAUGUAGUGUUAGUUUUAGGUGGAUGAAUUUGUCUAACUUUAGUGCCUUUUCAACAUAUAUCAUAUAUUUUAAUCAAUAUCUAUUGGGGACUGGCUCAUAUUUUAGUAUAUUUCAAUCAUUUAUCUAUACGUUUGAGAAAAGCUGGCUGCAGCAAAGAAAGUUGCUUCAAAAUGUUGUUCACAAUGAUUGUUGCUGACUAUAUAUUUCCCCGUUUAUUUGCUUUUUUUUUUCAGUUUAUCCCUCAUGAAAGGGUUUUACUUUUCACCACACAGUUCACAAUAUUCCCUCUCUUUUCUCACCGUAGCCUCUGCUCUUAUUCCUUUACCCCCUACGAUCUUGCAAAAUAAUAUAGAAUUCUAUAUCUAUGUUGAGUGUGCAUGUUAUUUCCUCUUAACAGCCAAUUCUAAUAAGUGUAAUAUUCACUCUCUCUCCAUCCCCUCCUUCCUUCCCCUCUAUUAAAUACUUUAUGUUGCUUUUUUAAUAGAAGAUAAUUUAUGCCAUCCUCCUUCUCCCUUUCCCUUUCUCCCAUUACAUUCCAGCAAUCCUUUAAUUUAAUGUAAUUUCUUUCAUCAAGUAUUUUCAUAUUCAUAUUCAAUUCACACCUAUGCACUCUGUUUGUAUAUACUCCUAACUUCCCUAAUAACAGGAAAUCUCUCGUGAAAUACAAAGAUCAUCCUCUCAUGUAAGAAUGUAAACAGAUAAAACAGGUUAAUUUCCUUAUGAUUUCCAUUUCCUGAUUAACUACUUGUGCUUCUCCCGAAUUCUGUAUUUGAAAGUCAGUUUUUCUGUUCAGCUCUGGUCUUUUCACAACAAAUACUUGGAAUUCCUCUAUUUCCCUGAGC